UGUACAGAGAGCUAGCAUGAAUGCAGUUACCAUGCUCUCUCUUGGGGGUCACUUAAGACAUCAUAGGCUGCCUGAAUAAGCUUGAACUGCUCGGCUGCUUCCUCAGCAUUAUCCAAGUUCUUAUCUGGAAACAUCGCAAGUAUGUUUUAACCAUGAGAAAGCUUCUCGAACCUUAUCCAACCACUUACCUGGAUGCCAUUUCAGUGCUAGUUUACGGUAAGCUUUCUUCAAAUCGUCGUCAUCUGCUUCCCGUUUGACUCCCAAGACGUCGUAAUGGCACUUCAUGCUUGUUUGUAUAUUUUUAAAAAGAACAUUUACACUCAAUAUGUCUACCGGCGAAACUGUCGUUAGCGUUUAGCUAACAAUAACAUGCUACCUACCGGUCACAACGUCGGCUAACUUACACAAACAACAACCCUGAAGUAGUGACUAUGGUUUUCAUUUUGAGGACUCGCAUUGCAAAAUUUAGUCAUUGUAUUCAAAUGCUUCAAUUAAUCAGCUAAUAUUUCAAUACAAGCAGGCUUUAGUGUAACCACAGCAUUGUACAUGUCUCUCUCAACUCUCGCGAUGAUUCAAUCUUUCCCGGCAUGCAAUUCGUUGACAUCAUGCCAACUCGUUACUGCCCCCUAGAGUGUCGUACGAAAAGAAAAACAAAUGUACAGUAUGCAAAGGAAUGGUUUAGUACUUUAACGAUAUGCCAACAUAUACAGCCAAACUUCACAUUCGCGGAGAAGGCAAUUCACAUUUUAAUAUCCAUAUUAUUUAUCGACUACAACAAUGUUCGUAUAUUUUAAAUAUGAUUCGUUAUUUUGCCACGUUCACGUAGCAUAACAAUAUCAGUGUCAGUCUGCAGUGUCACCUCCACGCCAACAGGGGUCCCCCAUUCUCGUUUCUUCUCAUGCAUGGGCCGAACUCACUUGAAACCACGCGAGAGUUGUGUGAGUGUGUAGUUGUAAAACAAACAUGUCGGCUCCCAAGCGGAAACGUGGAGGACAGCAUGCCAGUGGAAAAAAGGCAAAACACGUUAAAAUUAUCGCAGAUGGGAGUGACCCACCAAGUGAAAACACACAAGAAACGAAGAAUGUAAUCACCAUUCCAGCGCCGGUUUCUAUGGGCAAGUGGACCAACAAGGAAAGGGUUCUCAUUUUCUCUUCCAGAGGCAUCAACUUCAGAACAAGACACUUGAUGCAAGACCUAAGGAGCAUGAUGCCGCAUUCAAAAGCAGAUACAAAAAUGGACAGAAAGGACAAGCUGUUUGUGAUUAAUGAAGUGUGUGAGAUCAAAAACUGCAACAAGAGCCUCUUUUUUGAAGCCAAGAAGAAACAGGACCUCUAUAUGUGGAUUUCAAACUGCCCCCGCGGACCCUCUGCAAAAUUCUUGGUUCAGAACAUACACACACUGGCUGAGCUCAAGAUGACGGGAAACUGCCUGAAAGGAUCCAGGCCGCUGCUAUCAUUUGAUCCGAAAUUUAAUAAGGAGCCCCACUAUGCUUUGCUGAAGGAGCUUUUCAUUCAGACCUUUUCAACACCACGCUAUCACCCAAAGAGUCAGCCCUUUGUGGACCACGUAUUCACCUUCACUAUUGCAGACAACAGGAUUUGGUUCAGAAACUACCAGAUUAUCGAGGAGGACGCCUCACUUGUGGAAAUUGGACCUCGCUUUGUCCUCAACCUCAUCAAGAUCUUCCAGGGGAGCUUCGGCGGGCCCACGCUCUUUGAGAACGCCGACUUCAAAUCUCCCAACAUGCAUCGACGAGAGAUCCGCCUGGCAGCGGCGGCCAGGGUGCGCGAGAAGCAGAUGGUGAAGGAGAUGCACAAAAUGAGCAAGGCCCAAGCAAAGCCGGACCUCAUUACCGACAUCACAGACGACGUCUUCGACACACCGGCCGAGGAGAAACCCCUUCACAUCGAAACGGAGCCGCCAGAGCCCAAAGCGAUGAAGAAAAAGAACAACAAAGCGUUCAAAAGGACGAGGAUGCAGAAGUCGCGCAGGUAAAAGAACAGACUGGCAGAAAGGAGAUAAAUACUUUUAUUUACCUCAUUAUGUGUUUUGUGAAUGUGAUGAUUUACACAACACAUUAAAGUUACAUGUCAACUUUGUAA